AUGCCGCCUUACACAGCUUUCGGCUUUCACAGGUUUUACGUAAAUGAACUGGAACUUAUCUCUUUUACUUUAGGCUUUCAGAUAAACUUCUGUGAAAAGGCACAAAGUAAACGCAAAGCACUGAAGUUGAAUUUUGCAAAUCCACCUUUCAAAUCAACAGCAAGGUUUACUCUGAAUCCCAAUCCUACAGGAGUUCAAAACCCACACAUAGAGAGACUGAGAACACACAGCAUUGAAUCAUCAGGAAAACUGAAGAUCUCCCCUGAACAACACUGGGAUUUCACUGCAGAGGACUUGAAAGACCUUGGAGAAAUUGGACGAGGAGCUUAUGGUUCUGUCAACAAAAUGGUCCACAAACCAAGUGGGCAGAUAAUGGCAGUUAAAAGAAUUCGGUCAACAGUGGAUGAAAAAGAACAAAAACAACUUCUUAUGGAUUUGGAUGUAGUAAUGCGGAGUAGUGAUUGCCCAUAUAUUGUUCAGUUUUAUGGUGCACUCUUCAGAGAGGUAGGAAUGAACUAUUUGGGUUUUAAAUUUUUUUAUGAAAACGUUCAUAGUGGUAACCGGGCACCAUCCGAUUCUUCUGGUGUCGUGGCAAAGAGGGAUUUUUUCAUGGAGACUGUGAAAGCACUAAACCACUUAAAAGAAAACUUGAAAAUCAUUCACAGAGAUAUCAAACCUUCCAAUAUUCUUCUGGACAGAAGUGGAAAUAUUAAACUCUGUGACUUUGGCAUCAGUGGACAGCUUGUGGAUUCCAUUGCCAAGACAAGAGAUGCUGGAUGUAGGCCAUACAUGGCGCCGGAAAGAAUAGACCCAAGUGCAUCACGACAAGGAUAUGAUGUCCGCUCUGAUGUCUGGAGUUUGGGGAUCACAUUGGUAUGUUUAUAUCAACUUAAACCCUGUCAUAAUAAUGUGACAAUAAGAAAUAUAGAAAUGAAAGAAAAUUUAAUCAGACUUUCUUGCUUCCUAAGAACUGGUUCUUUUUCUCCCACACGUGACAGUAUGUAUUACAAGAGCCUUACAAAGGAUGAAUCCAAAAGGCCAAAGUAUAAAGAACUUCUGAAACAUCCCUUUAUUUUGAUGUAUGAAGAACGUACCGUAGAGGUCGCAUGCUAUGUUUGUAAAAUUCUGGAUCAAAUGCCAGCUACUCCCAGCUCUCCCAUGUAUGUCGAUUGAUAUCGCUGCUACAUUGGACUCUAGAGAAAAGGGCUGAGAAGAAGCAAGACGUAAAGAAUUUUCAUCCUGUAUCACAGUGUUUUUAUUGCUCGCCCAGACACCAUGUGCAAUAAGAUUGGUGUUCGUUUCCAUCAUGUCUGUAUACUCCUGUCACAUAGAACGUGCAUCCCUGUAAUACCUGAUUGAUCACACAGUGUUAGUGCUGGUCAGAGACCUCAUCUUGCUCUUUCGUGAUGAACAUGUUCAUGAAAUGUGGAAGUCAGUACGAUCAAUUUGUUGACUGUGAUUAGAUCACAUCUUAAAUUCAUUUCUAGACUCGAAACCUGGAGACUCAGCUACUGGCAUGGUGUUUUGUCAGACUUCCAAAUCCUGGAAGAACGUGGUGAUGGAUGUAUUAUGUCUGAACACAGAGACUCGGGCUUGGGUGAGAAGAGCUUGCACAGCCAGCGAGACACAUGGCCUUCUGGAGCUGGGAGACGAAAGGAGGAAUUUACUUUCUUCACCAAGUGCAAUAGAUUUACUGAUUUGAUAUUCUGUUGCUUUACAGUCACAGUCGAUGUUUGGGGAUCGAUGUGCUCAGCCAAAUUUCCUGUUUGAAAUAUCAUGUUAAAUUAGAAUGAAUUUAUCUUUACCAAAAACCAUGUUGCGUUCGAAGAGGUGAACAUUAAAAUAUUGAGACAGGACAGAAUGUGUUCUUUUCUCCUUUACCAGUCCUUCUAUUCUUCAUUGGGAAGACUCAGGAGUCUGCCAUUUGUUAAAGAAGGUGCUGAUCCUAAGAAUUUCUCAUUCUCAGAAUUCAGUGUGCUGUCAACUUGGUGUUCCACCUGCCACAAACCACCAGGACUGAAAGAAGAACAAGUACAGAGGGCAAAGUUUACAGAUGUUUUUAAUUCUAGUAUCGUAUCCUGAACAACUUGUAGCAGCUGUCUAUUUCCCCUUGCCCCAAGCCUGAUACUUCAGCCCUCUUAACUCGCUAACAGGGAGAAGUUGCUGGUAGCAGUGUGCCUUGAUCGAUUCCAUAAAGAUUCUUGUAGGCAGCAAAAGACCAAAUCUCAGUUGUUUGCUUCUUGCCAUCACUGUUCCUGGUCUUCAGUUCCUGAAUCUCUUUCCUUCCCAUGU